GCCACUCCCCCAGAGGAGCAGCACAGCCGGGUGGCUCCGCCCCCCACAGCUGCUCUCAAACUACCCACACCGAGCAUCAAGAAGACCUUCAGUGUGCAGGUGACACACACACACCUCCCUCUACUUGUCCUCAGAGGGAACUGCAACAACAAACACAAAGGCGCAGCAGUCCGUUUCUACCCAGAACUCCUGUUUCUGUUUUUGGGUUU